CGUCGUCCUAACCAUCACAGCUAUGCCGACCGCAAUACCCAAUCCCUCUUCAGCCCUUCCACCUAGGCGUGGACCUGCUCCACCGCCGAGGCAAAGGCAAGCAGCAGCAGGCCCUCCAGCUCAGCAGCAGCAGCAGCAGCAGCAGCAGCAGCCACCAUCUUCCACUUCGGCCUCAUCCUCGUCGCGCCUCCCUGCUGCGCCCUCAUCGCUGCGCGUCCAACUUCCUCACGGCACAGCUGCAUCAUCCUCCCGAUCACCACCACCACCAGCCCGUCGAUCAAGCGCUCAAAGUACCACCGCGUCAGACGAUCUCCUCACCUCCGUCCUCUCAAGGCGUCGCGUCACGCCCACCGCUCCACCCGCGCCGGCCGAAGCACCUACGCCACCAUCGACCGUUCCAUCAGACGUAUCCCUCCUCGCCUCAUCGCUCCUACAGCAACGCGCCAAGUCGCAAGCAAUAGUUGCAGCGCAGGAAGCUUUGAUCUUCCCUCCUCCUUCCUCCAGCGGCAGGCGAGCCCGAACUCGCCAAGAGCUCAAACGCUCUCUCACCCGUCUCGGCUCCCCGCAUUGGUUGCAAGUCAAUCAGGAGCGGGCACUCGCCGGGUUGUGUGGAUAUCCUUGCUGCUCUCAGCCCUUGCCGCGGCGACGGCCAACCCCUGGUGGAGGUGCGCGGCUGCGCAUCUCAGUGGCGCGAGGGGUCAUUGAAAGGGAUACGCGCGAUGAGCCGGGAGGGAGGAAUUGGUUCUGCUCUGAUGUUUGCCACGCCAGAGCAGAGUGGGUCAGGCGAUGGGUGUUGGCUGAUACGGGUGAAGAUGAUGGUGAGGGAGAGGAGCAGAACAGACGGUCAGGUAUCGGACAGGGUGACGAGGAGAAUCCCUCUUCAUCCUUCUUCGCGGGCGACGACCUAGUCGAUGGGCUACGCGCAUCCAUUGCUUCUUCCUCGACCAGCUCCGACCGUAAUGGUGGCGGGCUACGUGCGCUGGGAAGUGCAUCAGCUUUGCAAGGCGGUAAAUGGGAGGCCUUGACGCGGAGGAAGGAGGAGGACUGGCGAGAUAUCGAGCUGCUCGAGGACCUGCAGGAGCGUGGGGAUCUGGAGGGAUGGGAGGGAUUCGAGGCCGAGGAUGAGCGGGAACACGAGGAAGAGGCGCAGGCGACAUUUCGACCCCCGGCUGCGGCUGCGGCUGAGGCUUCACGUUCAGCCCCGACCACCUCGGCUCAAGCCCCAAACAAAGAAGAGGCAGAUCUUGCCGCUCUCGCCUCUGCCGCCCCUACAUCAUCCACACUCGGCUUCGAGGACCUCGUCAUUUCGGAGCGUGGGCGCGGAGCAGCUGCACUCGCCCAGGAUGUUGCCAAGACUGCAGAGGAGGAGAGGAUCGCCGCCGUUGCGGCUGCAAGGCCGUCUUACGGCGAAGAGCAGGAAGGCGAAGAAGCGGGGGAGAUGGAAGGAGAAGAGGACGAGGAGGACGAGGACGGGCAAGAGGAACCAAGCGAGGAGGAGAAGAUGAUUGAGGAUGCUAUGCGGCUGCGUGAGGCCAUGAUUGGGCGAGGGGAGUGGGAGGAGUGAUUGCGAGGUGAAUGUUGAAGAAUGAAUGAUGUUGUACAGUAUCAAGGUACGGCAAUGCUUAGCACGCUUCUUUGCAGAGAGAAUCGUCCAGCUCCCCCCUUUGGUGGCUCUUCAGCUCGACCGCUGCCUCUCAUCAACCAGGUCCAACACCUCGCUCAAGCUCACCACCCUCUUUACCCCUUCCAUCUUCCCGUCGCCCCUGCCCUUUUCUUCUCGAUCAAGCCAGACCCCAGUGAUGCCCGUGCCACUGUCCCUCGCAGCGACAGCGUCCUCAUGUAGAUCGUCGCCCACGUACAAUACUUCUUCGCCCUUGAUUGCUGCCUCAUUUCCUUCACCUCCUCCGGCUAGACGAAGGGCUUCGGAAAAGAAGGAGGCU